GGAGUGGGAGCAGCAUGCUGGAGCUGCCUCAAUACCUGCAAGUAGAAAGGAGUUCAUGGUUUUAACGCUUCUCAACACCCAGUACCUCAAGGCUAAGCUUUAAUUAAGAAACGUCAACGUUGCUAACAACUGCACAAAGAGGGACGGAAGGACCUUUGUGACCAAGGAUGUGGUUGUCAUGGAAACUCUUGCUGUUUCUGUCACUCACUGGCUGUCUUUCAGAAUUUUCAGAAGCUGUUCCUGGUCUCCCCACAUCAUAUGCUGCUAUCCUAAGAAUCAAAUCUGGUAGUUCAUCUUUAACUUCCUUUAAUUCAAAGAACAGACCACGAUUAAGCAGUCCUUCAUUAGGAAGUGUAUCUUCACCAGGCUGGAGAGGAGCUGCACAGCAUUAUCACUCCCCAACAAACCUCUACCACUUUUCAGAGACCUUCAAACAUGAUGAAAGUGUUGAUUAUGGGCCGGUGUUUGUACAAGAGCCAGAUGAUAUGAUUUUUCCAACUGAUUCUGAGGAAAAGAAAGUGUCUCUCAAUUGUCAAGCACGUGGAAAUCCUACCCCCACAUACAGAUGGCUUCGAAAUGGAACUGAAAUCGACAUUGAAAGUGAUUAUCGCUUCAGUUUAAUAGAAGGAAGUUUGAUCAUCAGCAACCCCAGUGAAAUGAAAGAUUCUGGACAGUAUCAAUGUUUAACUACCAACACAUUUGGCAGUAUUUUAAGCAGAGAGGCUGUUCUUCAGUUUGCAUAUCUGGGGAAUUUUAGCGGUCGGACAAGAAGUGCUGUAUCCGUACGUGAAGGUCAAGGAGUUGUUCUGAUGUGCUCCCCUCCACUUCAUUCUCCAGAGAUCAUCUAUAGCUGGGUAUUUAAUGAAUUCCCAUCUUUUGUGGCAGAAGACAGCAGGCGUUUCAUCUCUCAGGAGACAGGCAAUCUCUACAUAUCCAAGGUGCAAACAUCUGAUGUUGGCAGCUACAUAUGCCUGGUGAAAAACACAGUGACAAAUGCCAGAGUUUUGAGUCCUCCUACUCCUCUGACACUGAGAAAUGAUGGUGUGAUGGGGGAAUAUGAACCAAAAAUUGAAGUCCAUUUUCCUUACACAGUUACAGCUGCAAGGGGAACCACUGUUAAGAUGGAGUGUUUUGCACUUGGAAACCCUGUUCCAACAAUCUCUUGGAGGAAAGUUAAUGGUCAUAAUCCAAGUAAAGCCCGCCUGAGAAAAUCCCAAGCUGUGCUUGAAAUACCUAAUGUGCAGCUGGAGGACUCAGGAAUGUAUGAAUGUAAGGCUGAGAACUCCCGUGGAAGAAAUGUCUUCAGAGGACAGCUGCAAGUAUACACUUACCCACACUGGGUGGAAAAACUGAAUGAUACACAGUUAGAUAGUGGAGAUCAGCUCCGAUGGGAGUGCAAAGCCACUGGAAAGCCGCGGCCCACGUAUCGCUGGCUGAAAAAUGGAGCUCCUCUCUGGCCACAGAACAGGAUUGAGAUGAUUAAUGGUGUUCUGAUGAUCCAAAGUGUGAAUGUCUCAGAUGCUGGAAUGUAUCAAUGCUUAGCAGAAAAUAAGUACGGUACGAUUUAUGCCAGUGCUGAGCUGAAGAUUUUAGCUUCACCUCCCACUUUCCCACUCAAUCAAAUGAAGAAAACAAUAAUUGUUACCAAGGGCCAAGAAGUUGUCAUUGAGUGCAAGCCACAAGCCUCUCCAAAGCCAACCAUCACUUGGAAGAAAGGCGACAAAGUGUUGAGGGAGAGUAAGAGGAUAACUAUCCUUCCACAUGGGAGUCUGCGAAUCCUGAAUGCUUCCAAGUCCGAUGAAGGGAGAUAUUUAUGCCAAGGUGUAAAUGUAUUUGGAUCUGCAGAAAUCAUUGCAUCUCUAUCUGUUAAAGAACCUACAAGAAUAGAGCUGACACCCAAGAAGAUUGAGUUAACAGUUGGAGAGAGCAUCGUCCUCAGUUGCAAAGCCCUUCACGACAGCACGAUGGAUGUCACCUUCUACUGGACACUCAACGGGCAGCCAAUUGACUUUGAGAAAGAAGGUGGACACUUUGAAAGCAUCAAGGCACAAGCGUCCUCUGCAGAUUUAAUGAUCAGGAACAUCCUCCUGAUGCACGCUGGCAGAUACGGCUGCAGGGUCCAGACCGCAGCGGACACCGUGUCAGACGAGACAGAGCUGCUUGUUAGGGGUCCUCCUGGUCCCCCAGGGGUUGUAAUAGUGGAGGAAAUUACAGACACAACAGCAACACUCUCCUGGAGUCCUGGGGCAGACAAUCACAGCCCUAUCUCCCUCUACAACCUGCAAGCACGCAGUCCAUUUUCUCUUGGCUGGCAGACCGUAAAAACAGUUCCAGAUCUGAUAAGUGGUGACAUGGAGUCUGCUAUGGCUGUGGAACUGAACCCUUGGGUGGAGUAUGAGUUCAGAGUAGUAGCAACCAAUAAAAUUGGCACUGGAGACCCAAGUGUACCAUCACGAGUGAUCAGAACCAAUGAAGCAGUGCCAAAGACACCUCCAGCUAACGUCAGUGGCAGAAGUGGAAGGCGACAUGAAUUAGUAAUAGCAUGGGAGCCAGUGUCAGAAGAGUUCCAGAGUGGAGAAGGAUUUGGAUAUAUUGUAGCCUUCAGACCCAAUGGAACACGUGGCUGGAAGGAAAAAAUGGUGACAUCUUCAGAUGCCUCAAAAUUCAUCUACAGAGAUGAAAGUGUGCCACCUCUGACUCCUUUUGAGGUGAAAGUUGGUGUUUACAACAACAAGGGAGAUGGUCCUUUCAGCCCUAUUGUGGUCAUCUGCUCAGCUGAAGGAGAACCCACUGCUGCUCCCGUCGAUGUCAAAGCUACGAGUUUGUCUGUAUCAGAGAUUCUUGUUGCGUGGAAACAUAUUAAAGAAAGUCUAGGAAGACCACAGGGAUUUGAGGUUGGAUACUGGAAGGACAUGCAGCAGGAAGAAGCAGCAGAAAAGAUCAAAACAGAGGGAAAUGAGUCAUCCAUCCUCCUGACAGGAUUAGAAGGAAACACAUUAUAUCACCUCACAGUGAGGGCAUACAAUGCUGCAGGGUAUGGACCACCUAGCACUGCUGUGCACGCAGCAACGAAGAAAUCCCCUCCCAGCCAAGCACCAGGCAAUAUUAUGUGGAUACAGGAUGGCUCACAUGUGUCCCUUGGGUGGGAGCCAGUCAGACCUCUAGCUAAUGAAUCUGAUGUAAUGGGAUACAAGGUGUUGUUUCGACAAGAGGGCCAGAGCAACAGCCAAGUUAUAGAAACACAGAAAACCUCUGCAGUGGUCCUUCUUCCUGAUGUUGGGGUCUACAUAAUUGAGGUCUGUGCAGUCAGUGAAGGAGGGGAUGGGACUGCAAGUCCCCAGAUCAGAGUUCCAUCUUUUUCAGGAGGGAAAGUAACAAGUGCUCAGUCCACCUUACAUGUGUUGUCUACUUCCUCAUCCUCUGUAACACUGCUUUUGGCGCUGAUGGUACCUUCGACCUCAUGGUGAAGGCUGUAGACUUUGUUGUUGUUGUUAUUUGUUUGCUUUAACUUGAUGACACCAAGGGAUGGAGUUUUAUGUCUGUGGAAUAACCCAAGCUAAUGCUUAGAGACCCAUUGAAAUGCCUGUGGUGCACUUAGGGGAGUGUUGGAGACACAGUCAAUAACGCAUCAGGUUUUUAUCUCUUCCUUAUUUGUAAAAGUCUUCUGGGGAGGAGACUCUUCUUGGCCCAAAAAUAUGCAGAUUGUAUGUAAUAAACUUUUGUAAGCAAAGGUGAUUUCUGUCAAAUGUAUUUUCCUUUUUUAAUAUGUUCAAAUUUGGUGAACCCAGUCAUGUAUCAUCAGGUGUUUAAAGGGUGGUGCCUAGUACAGUACACCUGUAUGGUUUGGAGAAAAAAAAAUCCUUUUUUAAAUACAGGACAAAGUUUGCUACAGCUUUGCUUUUAAAUAUUUUGCCUGUAUCCCUGAUAAAUGGUUGCUCCUACUGACAAAGAAGAAAAACACAGUAUAUAUAAAAACCACUGCAAAAAUAAAAAAGAACUUGUUCUGAAAAUAUAUUGUAUGUAUUCAAUUAGGAAAAAGAAUUGCCAACGAAAUACUAGACAGGUUAUCCCAGAACUCAGCAAAAUGGAGCACAAAAUCUAUUUAUUUUAUUUCCAGGUAAAUGGAAAAUUACUAAACACAGGUUUAGGAGGAAACAAGUUGUCUUUUAUCAAAUACCACAAGAUUUCAUGUCCAAUUAAAUUUUCAAUGGAACAUAAGAAAUCAAUUCCUACUGCAUAUGACAAUGAAAAUUCCACUGGGCAUUUAAACAUGAUACACAUUAAACUAUUACUGGACUAAUAAAGGAAUGCAAGGAGAUAAUCCUACUUUUCCUAACCACUUCUCAGUUGUAACUUUCUUUUUCGUCUGAGUCCAAUUUUUGGUAACAUUCUAUGCUUUGUAUAGGUGGUACUCAAGUUGAAGUAUAUAUGAAGCAUAUUAUGGAGAGAAUGUUAACAUUUUUCAGAAUGGCAUUAUCCACAUAUCUACAGACUGCAGUAGGAUAUAUUUUGGAGAAUUUUGUUUCUGAGAAAAAAAAAUCUUGGAAAAGUGCUACAGGGCAUCAUUCCAAUUAUUUAUCUAAUUGGCUCUAUCUCUAUUUCUAUAGCUCACUGGAGAUUGUUCUUAUAGGUACUGUGUGCUAUCAGUUUUAAUCCCCAUUUUUUGCUGUAGCAGACAAUUUUUUACUCAAUAGACAAUUUGGACUAUUUUUCUACAUUGGAAGGCCUUCCCACAUACUGGAACCUGAGGAAAAAUGAUUCCCAGGGAAGAUGAUGUGCAUGUUUGUACAAUCAUGGUGUGCACAGUGUUAUGAAGGGUGGCAUUUUGCUAACACAUCUGGGGAUUGUGCCUCGGAAAAUAGUUGCAUUGCCUGGGAAGAAUCAAGUCAAAAAUGGUUACCAUGAAAGUCCUAAUAGCAUGGUUCUUCUAGUUUUCUAUCCCUCUAAAAGUUUUGAUGAAAACCUAUUUUAGCUGAUGAGUUACCAAUUCAAAAUGUUAUUAUUUUGCCAGUUCACUAGCAAAAUAAUUUUUAGCAUUUAGAUAAUACACUGCAACUGUGCUCUUUCUAAGCUGUUUCUAAACAGUAGCCAAGAAAGCACAACAGAGAUACAAAGAUGAAAAGCUGACGAUGACAAAAUAUUUUUUAUUUUUAAUUUUUUUUUAUCCAUAAAAUUUUUCAGAGAAGGUUCAACUGAAACUUUAUUACCCAGUAAUAUUUUAAAUAAUUUUCUAAAAUAUGGUGUUUAAUAUUACUUAAGUCACCAGGUCGCUCAGACAACAAAGGCAGGAUAGCUAGCUAAGAAAUGACUGUAGAUAUAAAGAAAGAGGCCUUCUAUAUCUCUGCUUCUGGAAAAGCCUUUGAGAUCAAAGACAGGAAAGUGUAAUGUACCUUGCUGAUAGAGCAAACUCAUAGAGAAUAACAACCUGCUGUCCCUUGUAAAACAGUAGCAUUGCUACUGUGCAGAGAGCCUGCAUCUGCCAAAAUGUUAAAAUAAAUAAGAAUAAAGUGAUGAACCAAAAAGUCAAAUGGCUAUUUUAUAAAUGAGUUAUGUAUAAUUUCCUCUAUUUUUUAUACAGUUGCUUGCCAAUGCAGUUUAUUUCAGAGAGUUCAAAAAAGCUACAUUCACUGCUGGUGGCAUUUGGUUAAACUUUCUGAUAACAAUAAAUGGAUAUGCUUUGUAGGAAGAAUAAAAGUCUGAUAAGGAGACAGAGCUCCAUCCAGACACAUCUCCCUCUCUAGUAUGAAGAUACAAGUAGAAAUACUGAACAUACCAUCAGGUAAUGUAGUUGUAUUGCAGGGACAAAAGGAGGUAUGUUUUAUAUUCAACAUGAACAGAAUAUGUAUUUUGCAUCUUAAAUAUAUUAAUAAACAUGUUUUAAAUGUUUAAGUACUUACGUAUUACCUAUUUGUUACUUUGUAGAAGAUGUUUCCUUAUCAUGACAUUUUUAGUUGCAAGGGAAAGCUUUUUCUUCUUUCAUGUAAAAGAUUGUAAUAGUGCAGUCUGGCGUCACUGAGGAGGCUGUAUUUUUGUAUAAUGUUACAGGAUCUGUUCAGAAAAACAUAAUUAGAAAGAAACCUUGUUUCACAGACCAAAAGGAAGUUACUGUCAUGGCCCAUAUCAAAAUGUUAGAUAUAUUGUAUACAAUCUGUAUAUAUGCUAUAUAUAAUGGUAUAUACAAUGUGGAAGACACAGUAAUAUAAUAGUUUCUGUGUACUGUUCUUGUAACAUUAGAUCUUUUUAAUAAAUUAUUCUCUUUUUAUUGACUUUUA